UUUCUCUCUCUUUCUCUGUCUUCCGUUCCCAUCUCACUUCUGACUUCUCCGGCAAUUGCUCUCACUUCUACGGAAAUGUCGAGCUAAACCCUCUUUUAGAAGUUUCAGUUUCACUUCUCGUCCCAGAAAUUUCCCAAAAGAUUCGAUCUUUCUAGUCCCUAAAGACUUGUCCUGUUUUCAGUUGUAGAGGACGAUGAUGAUAGCAAAGAUUCAUGCGCUUGGUUAAUUUGUGGUCUUCUUUUAUAUGAACAACUAAGAAAGUAGGGGAGAAAUAAGAAUUGGGUGUAAAUGCUUUUGGAGUAUGAUGAUUUAGAAGUGGAGAAACUGAUGGUUUGGAGAUAGAGAAGUUUGGUCUCGUUGUUGAGGUGUAACUUGUUUCUGUAAUCUUGUGUUUGUGCGGAAAUGGAUGACACUGAAGAUGAUGCAAGGUAUCCUUCGAACGUGUAUGGGGGAAACCACCCACAGGGUUAUGAAUCUGCACAGCCCCCAAAACUUCCUGCUCGAAGUGGUUCGUUUAGUAGGCCAGUUAGUCAUUAUGAUGACGAUGAGGAUGAUGAGGAGGAGGAUGAAGAAUUAGGUGAGGAAGAAGGCCACAAUGGUCAAAAUGGUUAUCCUUCUGCCCAUAAGGAUGUUGGGGAUGAUGAUGACGAUGAUGAUGAGCUGAAUGAUGACGACGAAGAUGAGGAUGAUGAAGAAGAUGAUAAGGGCAAAGUCUUUAAGAGGGUUGACGAUGAUGAUUUGCAAAAGCACCCAAAGAAGCGCAAGUUGAAGAGUUUAAUCUCAAGUUAUGAAUUUGCUCCGCGUGUACCUGCUCCAUCAGCUCCAGCACUCCCUGCCCCGAGACAAUCACAUGGUGGCCGGAAUGCACUUACAGAUUGGACUGAGCAUGAGACAUUUGUCUUACUGGAUGCUUGGGGUGACCGGUUCCUUCGGCGUGGGAAAAAGAGCCUUCGCUCUGAGGAGUGGCAAGAGGUUGCGGAGAAGGUGUCAGAGGUGUCAAAGAUUGAAAGAACAGACACCCAGUGUCGUAAUCGAUUGGAUACCUUGAAGAAGAAGUACAAAAAAGAGAGAGUCAAGUUUCAAGAGACUGGUGGUGGCACUAGCAAGUGGGUGUAUUUCAAGAAAAUGGAUAUGCUAAUGUCGUCUCCACAACAGCAGGCCGGCCUCUCUUGUGGUUUGGACUCAGGAGAGUAUGUUUUCAUGAACCCUAGAGUGUAUUUGAACCGUGCAAAUGGGUUAGAUGAGAUGCGGGAUAGUCCUGGAAAUUCAGAAUCUGCUGAAGGAGUGGAGGAUGAGUCAGAUGGGCUACCUCCCAAGAAGAGAAGGUUUGGAAGAGACAAUGACGAGCGGUCUUCCUUUAGAUUGCUUGCUGAUUCUAUUAAGAAAUUCAGUGACAUAUAUGAGAAGAUCGAGAAAAGUAAAAGGCAGCAGAUGGUAGAGCUAGAGAAGAUGAGGAUGGAUUUCCAUAGGGAUUUGGAAAUGCAGAAAAGGCAGAUUAUGGAGAGAGCACAGGCUGAGAUUGCCAAAAUGAGGCAGGCUGAGGAUGAGGAGAAUGAUGUCUCUGCUGAAAAUGCUAGUGGGUGAUAGCAGUAUCUAUCUAUAAUGUUAUUUACCUUUUGUUAACUGCUAGCUGUUGUUGUAACAAUAUAGGGGUCUCUUAUCCCUUUUAAUUUAUUCUGAUAUAAUAAGAUGGUUGAUGUUGUAGCAGAUAUGGGAUACGGAAUAGGUUCGAAGUACAAUUAUAUUGCUACUGACACCUCCUGUUUGUUACAUGCUGCGGGCAUUGUAUCUUUCUACUAGAAGUGUAGGAGUAAACAAGAGAAAUGUCGAGCCUUUGAGCGCGUCUAUUCAUAGGUACUUCAUACCUUUUGUUCAGUCUGAGGCUGCAUCAUAAGUAUCAAGUACCUUUGAAUUAGAGUUGUGUAUCAUGGAUGUAAUCUCUAGAUUGUUAUCAUAUUUGACUGAUUAUUACU